AUGGGCAAUACUUUCUCAGCUUCCCCCUCUGAUGGGCAACCCCCAAAACAACAGGUACCACUCAAAGGGGAUGAGGCAGUGAUCACGGGCAUGGGUACCGAGUGGCCGUCUCGACUUAUUGUGCCAGAGGAGUUGAGUGACUACGCCAAGGAAAUCUACCCCGAUAACCCUCCAUGGCUAAAAGCUUUGCUCAAAAUCAAUACUCAGACAGGCAUCGAGACACGACCUGUCGUUGACUUGUGGGAUGACCCUCGCUGGCUUGGGACCUCUCCACCUACUACAGAAGAUGUAGACGCAGAGUUUCGGAAAUUCAGUGUCGAACUUUCUAAAAAUGCCGCUCUCAAAGCCCUCCGUGAAAGCAACAUCGAGCCGUCCUCCAUCACGCAUAUAGUGUCCGUGACAGUCACGAACGGUGGAGCUCCAGGUUUCGAUCAACUCGUCGCUCGUGAAUUAGGUCUCUCUCCAACGGCAGAACGAAUUUUACUGAGCGGCAUUGGCUGCGGUGGCGGCUGUGCAGCCCUCCGGGUUGCCUCCACAAUAGCAAGUGCAGCCACAUAUCGGAAACAAGAGGCCAGGAUUCUCGUCGUGGCAUGUGAGCUCUGUAGUAUUCAUCUUCGGGCGGAGCUGCACGCGUCUUCACAAUCCGGAAUGACCGGAGUUGCCCCAGCCCUUUUUAGCGACGGUGCAGCGGCUCUUGUCGUUUGCAACCCGUUAGGGAUGAGCGAUAAAACCCCCAAGCAAUUCGCAAUCGUUGAUCAGCGUACCGGUGUUACACCUGGAACACUUGAUGAGAUGUCGUACACUGUCAGCACCCACGGCUUUUUAGCCUCGAUCUCCAAGAACAUUCCCAAGCUUGCAGUUGCAUCCAUACAAGCUCCUUUCCAAUCCUUGAUACAAUCCAACGGGAUGUCAUCCGCUUCUCCAACCGACUUUCAUUGGGCCCUUCACCCGGGUGGCAAGGCUGUUAUUCAGGGUGCACAGGAUGCGCUCAACUUACCAGAUGAUGCAUUAGCGGCUAGUAAGGAGAUAUACAGGACAAAGGGAAACACAUCCAGUGUUGCCGUCCUCGCUGUGUUGGAAAAGGUGCGGGAAUUGAAGCUGCAGUCACCGAACGUUGUUGCUUGUAGUUUUGGACCUGGUCUUACAACGGAGAAGACCCUUUUACGCCGCAUGGUAUAG